UAUAAUGUCAGAGGCUGGAGAUCUUGAGUGAUUAGUAUUGACAGUACAGAUUAUACCAAUUAACUGCAUGAACACUUGUAAUAUCUUUUUAUUGUGUAGUUCACUUAUGCAGUGAUAGAUAUAAGUACCAAAGUUUUUGUGUUAUUGUUAUUUAAAAUUCUGAAUAAUUAUUAUGAAUUAAAGGUGCAUGUAAAUUCUUGAAUAUAAUCAUUACAAAUAUCUCAGUAGGCCAUUAUUCAGUGGUAUAUUCAUCUUUAUUGCAUGCAUACAUUUCACAUACACUGCAUGUUAUGCUAUCAAGUAUAGACUUAAAUUUUUAAAGUUAUUCAUGCAUAAAAUGAUCAACCACAAUAAUUGUACCAACACAUGUGGUCAUUGACAAAUUUAAGAAGUUGCAAUUAUUAUUACAUAUCUAAUUUGUAACCGUUUUUCCACUGAAUUCAGAACAAGAUUUGCUUGCCACAUUAAGACUGUACAGUGACACAAAUAAGUAAGAGAUAUUUAAACCAUAGUUGUAGACUAGUCACUGCACAACAUCCAAGUUCAGUACUCAGUACCAGGCUCAGGCUGUAUACAGUUGCUUCAUGAAUAAAUUUGUUAAAUUCACAAUAUCUGAAGGUUUGGGCUUAUAUCUAACCGAGAAGCAGGAUUUCAGCAAGAGUAAAUCUUGACCUAAGCAUUAGCUAUAAUUUUUAGAAUCUGUAAGAUUACCGGUAUAGUGAGCAAAGUGGUCCGUAAAAUAGAGAUGUCGCGGACCAUUCGGGUCCGUAAAACAGAUUUGUCGCCGACCAUGGUCCGUUGGUCCGGUCCGGUCCGUUUUUUAGGGACGACCAGAUUUCUUUGAGUCGACUCAGUAAUGAAGAAGCAGGAACGUCGUAGAUAUACUACUGAAAGAAGUUCGGAAUCUCCUGUACCUCCGUUUCUGCCCCCACAAAGAGAUGUGCGAUCUAUAGAAUCACCACGAGGACACUCUCACUAUGGACCAGCUGGAACCGGCAACAAAUGGAAAGACAGCAGCACACCUCCUACAGCUACAGGAGAGCCAUACACUCUGAAAGUGACAAAUCUUUCACCAAAUAUAACUCAGAAAGAAUUGGAACUUGUUUGCGGUAACUAUUCGGAUUACCAAAGUCUUAAAGUUAAUAAUGGGGGAUAUGCUAAGGUCAAUUUUUCGUCACUAAAAGGUGCAGUAGAUGCCAAGGAAUCGUUAGAAAAAACGGAGCUUUAUGGGCAAUGCCCCAUGGUCAAAAUCACUCUGCAAAAAAACGAAGUAGAAACAUCAACUGUUAAAGUAACACUUAGUGGUCAUGGGGUUACAGGUGAGGCUUUAGAGAAAUAUUUCAGUCAGUUUGGUGAGGUCCUUCAAACUCCUGCCAUAAUACCAGGAAACCCUGACUAUGCAUAUGUUAAUUUUGAGUCAAGUGAAGAAGCAAAGGCUGCCUGUAACCCUAACAAAGUGCAGCUCAAUGGUAUAGACAUGAGCAUCAAACUCAGUAUUAAGGCAACAGUUUCAAAGCUGGUCACAUUUGAAGAUGAUUCCCUCGUCGAUGUAAUUACAAUGUAUAUGUGUAAGCUUAAUGAAUUAUUGGAGGACCGACUGUCUAUCAAACCUUCAAAAGAUGGAAGAGGUGUGCGUAUUUCUGGUGAUAAGGAUAAAGUUGAUGAGGUUGAAAGCAUUGUGCAAUCAUACAUGAAGCAGCUUCAAGCCUAUAGGUGUCUUUAUUGUACUAAACCAAUCAAGCAAGAAGAAUUAGAGCCAGUUCAUAAAGCCUGUCGUCCCGCUCUUGACCCAUUGUGUAUAAAGUGUCUAAAGAAAUGCUCAAGCUAUUACUGUGAAAAGUGUGUGGCAGAUGAACAAGUUACCUUGCAAAAGAAGCUAGAGGAAGACAUGCAAGCAUCCUCUCUCAAGAAACAAAAAGAAGUUGCUCUAAGCGAGAAAGGGGAUUUAAAAAGAAUGUUUGAUGCUCGUCAAUUAAAGCUACACCAAGUCAAAGAGCAAAUAGUCAUGGCCCAGGGCCAGACUAAAGAUCACAAGGAUGUAUCAGUUCAGUGUGAAAAUCAUGAGAAACUCGAAUUCAAAGCAGCUGAUAUGGAGAAGGAGGAACAAUAUCUUAAGGAGAAGCAGAUCAUUAUUGCUGACAAUCAAAAUCUCAAAGCUGAAAUUUCUGAUAAAGACAAAGUUAUCGCCAAACUGACAUUACAAGUAGAGGAACAGUCACAGAAUGAGAAACAGAUCAUUACUGACCUUAAAGCUAAUAAAUUGUAUGCAGCCAAACUAAUGAAGGAGAAGUCACAACUACAGGAGAGAGUCACAUCCUUAGAGGAUCAAUCUAUCAAAGAAACUAGUUCCAUUGGACUACAAUUUAAUUACCUGAUCCCUUCAAUUGAUUCACUAGACUCUAGUGUCAUUAUAGCUGGAAAGAAGCUCUUUAUCCUACAAGGAGACAGGUCUCACUCACUCCAUUGGGAGAAAUAUGGAUUCAGAUUAGAGUGUCCUCAAGGAGCAGUGUCCAAGGAUACUGAAAUAGCUGUUAUUGCACUAGCUGGUGGUAAUUUCAAGGUACCCAAAGGUACUGUGCUAGUCAGUGCAGUAUAUGCAAUAUCAGUAUCUAAGGCACUAUUAAAACCACUGGUAAUAGAGCUACAACAUUGUGUUGAUCUAAGGAACACUAGUCAGAUUGAUCGCCUCAAGUUUGUCAGAGCUCCACUGAAGUCUCCUGAUGCCUACCAGUUCAGUAUAGUUGAAGGAGGAUCUUUUAAUGUAAGGAACAGAUAUGGUUCUAUUGAACGUGAUGAAUUCAGUGCUUUUGGCAUUGGAUAUCUUGGUAAUGGAGACAUAUCUAAUGGAAAUGGAAAUGAAGCAGAAGAUGAUACACAAAGUCAAGGAACAGAUAAUGAUAGUGAUGAGGAGACUAAUGGAGACACACCUAAUGAUAGCAGUAAUGGCGUAGGAGAGAAUAGUAGUGGAGCAAGAGCCACUCCAUCAACAAACUCAAUUAAUGAUGAUCCUUCUCAGUUAGUCAAUGAGGUAGAAUCCCAUACUACUGAUGACACUAACACAACAGAGCAAUCAUCAGAUAUACUAAGUGAUUGUGAUAAAGCUACAACUACCAUAUCCAGUGAACAGUGUCCAGCAAAGAAUGACGAUGAAUCACUACAAUCUUCUCAUAGUGCAACUAAUCAUUCCAUUGCUGAAAAUGCACCUUCUCAUGAUAUAUUGUAUUCUGGAAUGAUGUACUAUAAAAAGAAAGAAGUUAAUCAUUGGAAAGCUAUGUAUUCUGUUGUUAGAGAUUUGGAAGUUCUUAAAACGUAUUUAGAAAGCAAGCAGUCAUCAAUUGAAUAUGAUGAUGAAACUGCUGACCCAUUUAAGUUUAUUCAACCAAAUGGAACCCUCAAAUUGGUUCUAGAAACUACUCCGCCACAGUUAGGAUGGACUGUUGAUCCUGAUAAAGAACCAAUGGAAUUAUUUCAGUCCUUUAUUGAGCACUUUUCAUCAAAUCCCUCUCCCUCACAUGCAACCUGCAGUAUCUCAGUCUAUGCUGAAAUUGGUGUUGCAAAAAAGCCACUUCAUUAUCCUAUUAAAUUGACAGGAAUAGAUCCUUCAAAAAUUGUAUACAUCAACAAGUCACUUCCAGCAAUGAAUAAUAGCUUACCUCAUGUCACAGAUCCUUCCUCUAAUAAAGUACAUGAAUCAACGUCAGUAUCAUCCAAUGGAGGAGCUAGUAUAAGUCCAUCAGCUACUGUUGAUGUGAAUAAAGUAAAGAAAGUGAUCAAUGAUGUUCUUGUAUCUCAUUAUGCUGAUCUCAAUUCUUUGCCUAAGAAAGGUCUUUCUGAACUUGCUAACCAGCUUUACACAGUUUGUCUGGUCAAUAAUGCAGUUAAAGAGGCUCCUUUGAUGAAAGAGUGCAUUAAUGAGUUCCAGGCUAGUCUUAGUUUUAAGAGGAAGGUGUCCCAAGUGCAGGAGCACUGUCAAAAGUUCUUAAGCUCAUUCAAUGCUGUAAGAGGCAGUUACGCUGAUGCAGCAAUAGCUUUACGUGAGGACUGGAUUGAAGCUAUUAGGAAUGAACUGAGACUUAAUUUUGAUAUUGAUAAUAAUGCUUAAAAGUACCGUAUAGCAGGAAA